AUGGAGCCCCCCUCAGCCCCUGCCCACAGAGGGCAUGUCCCCUGGCACAGGCUCCUGCUGGCAGAGGUCACUGGGCCCCAGGAAUGGCUGAGGUCUCUGAGGAGGGAGCGUGGCCCCCGGCCCCAGACACACUCGCCGCCAAGUCACCUCCUCUGUUUCUCCGCAGACCCAGUGGCAAAGCCCAUCAUCGAAGCCAACAGCACCACCGUCACAGAACACGAGGACACCGUGGUCCUGAAAUGCCUCACAAAUGACACCGGGGUCGCCAUCUCCUGGUUCUUCAAUGGCCAGAGUCUACUGCUCACAGAGAGGAUAAAGCUGUCCCAGGACAACGGCACCCUCACCAUAGAGCCCGUCAGGAGGGAGGAUGCUGGGAAUUAUCAGUGCGAGGCCUCCAACCUGGGCAAUUCCAGCAAAAGUGACCCCCUCAGGCUGGAUGUGAAAUACCCAGUGGCAAAGCCCAUCAUCGAAGCCAACAGCACCACCGUCACAGAACACGAGGACACCGUGGUCCUGAAAUGCCUCACAAAUGACACCGGGGUCGCCAUCUCCUGGUUCUUCAAUGGCCAGAGUCUACUGCUCACAGAGAGGAUAAAGCUGUCCCAGGACAACGGCACCCUCACCAUAGAGCCCGUCAGGAGGGAGGAUGCUGGGAAUUAUCAGUGCGAGGCCUCCAACCUGGGCAAUUCCAGCAAAAGUGACCCCCUCAGGCUGGAUGUGAAAUACCCAGUGGCAAAGCCCAUCAUCGAAGCCAACAGCACCACCGUCACAGAACACGAGGACACCGUGGUCCUGAAAUGCCUCACAAAUGACACCGGGGUCGCCAUCUCCUGGUUCUUCAAUGGCCAGAGUCUACUGCUCACAGAGAGGAUAAAGCUGUCCCAGGACAACGGCACCCUCACCAUAGAGCCCGUCAGGAGGGAGGAUGCUGGGAAUUAUCAGUGCGAGGCCUCCAACCUGGGCAAUUCCAGCAAAAGUGACCCCCUCAGGCUGGAUGUGAAAUACCCAGUGGCAAAGCCCAUCAUCGAAGCCAACAGCACCACCGUCACAGAACACGAGGACACCGUGGUCCUGAAAUGCCUCACAAAUGACACCGGGGUCGCCAUCUCCUGGUUCUUCAAUGGCCAGAGUCUACUGCUCACAGAGAGGAUAAAGCUGUCCCAGGACAACGGCACCCUCACCAUAGAGCCCGUCAGGAGGGAGGAUGCUGGGAAUUAUCAGUGCGAGGCCUCCAACCUGGGCAAUUCCAGCAAAAGUGACCCCCUCAGGCUGGAUGUGAAAUACCCAGUGGCAAAGCCCAUCAUCGAAGCCAACAGCACCACCGUCACAGAACACGAGGACACCGUGGUCCUGAAAUGCCUCACAAAUGACACCGGGGUCGCCAUCUCCUGGUUCUUCAAUGGCCAGAGUCUACUGCUCACAGAGAGGAUAAAGCUGUCCCAGGACAACGGCACUCUCACCAUAGAGCCCGUCAGGAGGGAGGAUGCUGGGAAUUAUCAGUGCGAGGCCUCCAACCUGGGCAAUUCCAGCAAAAGUGACCCCCUCAGGCUGGAUGUGAAAUACCCAGUGGCAAAGCCCAUCAUCGAAGCCAACAGCACCACCGUCACAGAACACGAGGACACCGUGGUCCUGAAAUGCCUCACAAAUGACACCGGGGUCGCCAUCUCCUGGUUCUUCAAUGGCCAGAGUCUACUGCUCACAGAGAGGAUAAAGCUGUCCCAGGACAACGGCACCCUCACCAUAGAGCCCGUCAGGAGGGAGGAUGCUGGGAAUUAUCAGUGCGAGGCCUCCAACCUGGGCAAUUCCAGCAAAAGUGACCCCCUCAGGCUGGAUGUGAAAUACCCAGUGGCAAAGCCCAUCAUCGAAGCCAACAGCACCACCGUCACAGAACACGAGGACACCGUGGUCCUGAAAUGCCUCACAAAUGACACCGGGGUCGCCAUCUCCUGGUUCUUCAAUGGCCAGAGUCUACUGCUCACAGAGAGGAUAAAGCUGUCCCAGGACAACGGCACCCUCACCAUAGAGCCCGUCAGGAGGGAGGAUGCUGGGAAUUAUCAGUGCGAGGCCUCCAACCUGGGCAAUUCCAGCAAAAGUGACCCCCUCAGGCUGGAUGUGAAAUACCCAGUGGCAAAGCCCAUCAUCGAAGCCAACAGCACCACCGUCACAGAACACGAGGACACCGUGGUCCUGAAAUGCCUCACAAAUGACACCGGGGUCGCCAUCUCCUGGUUCUUCAAUGGCCAGAGUCUACUGCUCACAGAGAGGAUGGAGCUGUCCCAGGACAAUGGCACCCUCACCAUAGAGCCCGACAGGAGGGAGGAUGCUGGGAAUUAUCAGUGCGAGGCCUCCAACCUGGGCAAUUCCAGCAAAAGUGACCCCCUCAGGCUGGAUGUGAAAUGUGAGUGACCCUACCUCCCCCACUUCCUCCACAUGUCCUUCACUGGCAGGGGUGAGGGACUGAAAGUGACGGCAGCCUUGAGGAGUUGGGCCCCUCCUACAGAGCCUCUAGAGCAACACGGAUGAGAAUGCCGGAAUUAAACAAGCUUUUUAUAGUUUGGAUUCUGAUGUGCACUAGAUGGUUGAUCUUCAGCAAGAUAGUCGACCACCUGAGCCUCAGUUUCCUCAUCAGUGAAACUGGACUAGAACAGCUGGAUCUUAGGCUGUGGUAAGGAUAUUUAAUGGGACGAAAGCUCUUCGUGUCAUACACAGAGCCAGGGCUCAAUAAAUGCUAUCAAAUAGCA